AUGAAUCUAAACAAGCAGAACGUCAACGCAGUAGUCAAGUUUUCUGCCAUCACAUCGGUCAUUGCCCUGGCUCAGCCGCUGUACCAACACCCCUAUCGAGCCAGCAAGAGCUCUGAUCCCAUCAGCGACAUACUGAAUUCCUUCCACAUGACAAGAGGCAUAAGAAUAGUCCUGGAACGUCAAUGGCAGAUGGAAGGCAUUCACCGUGACCCAGACGCAGGACCCAAUCUGGACGACCAAGACCCCUGGCAGCAGGAUCUGAUGCCCAAAUACCCACCUUACCCAAUCCUACGCGAGUUGAUCUCGUCUCAUUGCACGUCCGACACCGACAAAUUAGUUUGUCUCGAUGCAACAAGAAAGAUCUUCUCAUUCAUCAGUCUUUUGGAGGACCAUCCAAACUUACACCCCGAUGCCCGAUUGAUACAAAUCUGGCCCAUCGAGAUCAAGAAGCACUUUCUCAACAUGCUGAUCGCACGGGAACCCAUCGCUCUGUUGAUCCUUGGCUACUAUACAGUCCUCAUGAGAUUGAGAUCGGAUACCAUGUGGCCUUUUGAUGCUUGGCCACGAAAGCUUCUAUGCAGGAUCGAAGAGGGCUUGCGAGAUGAUUGGAGCGAGUAUCUGGAGUGGCCAAGGAGUAGGGUGCUUUCAUAG